AUGCAAGGCGUACGAGGUUACAGCGGUUGGCGUUGGAUCUUCAUUAUCGAGGGAGCUCUCACGGUGGUCUUUGGGUUCGGGUUUUACUUCUUUCUGCCUGACUUCCCCGAAGACACCAAGUGGCUCACUGAAGAGGAGAGAAUCUACGCCUCUGCACGGCUUCAUAUCGAGCAAGGCCGCUCUAACGCAGAGCGACCUGUCAUAUUUAAGGAUAUCACCAAGACGCUGCGAGAUCACAGGGUCUUUCUCGGAGGCCUCAUGUAUUUUGCCUUGGUUGUUCCUAUCUACGGAUAUGCCUACUUCGCACCAGCUAUCAUUCAAACGUAUGGGUACGGUUCUAUUCAGACCCAGCUGCAUAGCGUCCCGCCUUGGGCAGUCUCCUUCGGCGUCUCUAUGAUUGUUGCAUUUCUAUCCGACAAAACACAACAUCGAGCUGGAUUUGCGAUUGGUUCUAUCUGCAUUUGCGUCACCGGUUUCACUAUCUUACUCGCUGGCAGCAACAGAGACCUCAAGUAUGGCGCACUUUUUCUAGCUGUCAGCGGUGCAUACACCACUGCACCCAUCUUAGCCUGUUGGUUCAACAUGAACCUUGGAGGCCACCAGAGGCGAUCUGUCGGCAGCGCAUGGCAAGUAGCCUUUGGGAAUAUUGGCAGCAUUAUAGCCGUAUAUACCUUUAGAAAAGAGGAUGCUCCGAGCCUAUACGGUAUGGCCUGCCUGCUCGAGAAUAAGAAGAGGGAUAGAAGCUCGCAGGGAGAGACCCUAACGGAGGAAGAAAAGGCAGAAUUAGGAGACAUGUCACCAGAGUAUAGAUAUCUACUUUAA